AUUAAAAUUUGAUAGAAAUCAUAAUUUAAUUUGUUUUAAUAAUUAAAAUAAUGAAUGCCCCCACUAAAAUUGAUGUCCCGGAUUUAAUAGGAACAGUUCAUCCAUUUUAUAGAGAGAACCAGUCGAAUUAUUGUUCCCUGAAAAAUGAAGCCAGGAAGCUGUUCAAACAACAACCUGCUAAAAAAAUUUUGCUCUCCUGUGGUAUUAACAUCAUUAGCACUGUUAUACUUUUAAUGUGGUGCAUAUCCACAAACAGCAUGGCCCUGACUGCCUACACUUACCUAACGAUAUUUGACUUAUUUAGUAUGCUGACAUGUUUGGUUACAAUAUGGGUUCAACAACAGCAGCAUUCAUCUGUGUAUUCAUUUGGUUUUGAAAGAUUUGAAGUUCUCUUCGUUUUUGCCAGUACAGUUCUAGCUCAGCUCGGUUCAUUUUUUAUCAUUAAAGAAAGUAUAGAAAGAGUAGUAGAGCAACCAGACGUUCACACCGGUCGCCUGCUAAUGGGGACGGUAUUUGCCCUGGUAUUCCACCUCUGCAUAGCCUACAUGGUCGACAAUCCGGCGUUCAAUCACGUCAUGGAUGCUUCGAGUAGUAGCUGGCUGCAAGAGCACGUCACUGAUAUUAGCGAGAGCAUAUGUCACGUGGUUCCAGGCCUGUCUAAGAUUCUCCUACCUAGAAUCAAUCCGUUUGUUCUCAUCUCAUUGGCUGGAGCCCUCGCACUCAUCGUCACACACUUCCUCAUAGAUUUCUAUUCCUAUCAUUCGAUCGAUACGUGGGCUGCCAUCUGGAUAGCUCUGAUGACGUGCGGGACUAUGCUACCCAUGAGUGUCUAUACUGGGAAGAUAUUGCUACAGACCACUCCCUCUCACCUGAUUGGUCAGUUGGACAAAUGUUUGCGUGAAGCCUCGACGCUAGAUGGCGUCCUGGAGUUUAGACAUGAACAUUUCUGGACUGUUGCUUUCGGAAAAAUGGCUGGCUCGGUGCACGUGCGCAUCCGUCGGGACGCAGACGAGCAAAUGGUUCUCGCCCACGUCUACCAACGUCUCUCAACAAUCAUCCCACUACUGAACGUUCAAAUCUUCAAAGAUGAUUGGCUGCGAGGUGGAGCUAGCGUUAGCUCCAGCUAUUCUUUUGGCCCUGAAGCCAAGUUGCUGCUACUUCAGCAGCAGUCACAGCAGCUACAGCAGCAGCAGAUGACGAUGAUGUCGGAUAGGUCACUGGCAAUUCCGUCGAAUGCUCCGACUCUACCUUCAAAUUACUCUGGCAUGUUUGUGAGGCCUAAUUUAAAUUUUGCUCCAUCCUCGCCGUUGUACCAGCCACACAUGCCGAGUUUUGGUAGCGGUGGCGAUGGCGCAUUUGCUGCUGGUGGUGGUGGUGGCUCUAAUGUUGGCAGUAAUAAUUGGAAAAUUCCAACGAGCUUGUUGCCAAGUGUGGAGAAUAUUUCUGAUAAUGAUUUCCAUCAACAUCAUCACCAUGAUCAUCAACAUCACGACCACCAUCAUCACCAUGAACAACAACAACAACAUUGUCAGUUUCAUGACAGUUUGAAUGUGAAUGUCGGCAAUGUUGGGAAUCCCGUGUGGCAGCAGCAGCAAAACGUUCAAGCACUGUUUGGAGAUAUCAAGCCUAAUAUUAGGCAAUCGUGAAACUUAUACUAGUUGAAAUUUUUUGGAAUUGUUAAUAAAUUGUGUCUUGGUUGUCUUAA